AUGCCUUUGGACUCACAGAAUGUGUGUGGGCUCUGCUCCGAGUCUUCCCCCCAGAUUGUCCAAACAAGCUCCAGCAGACUGGCAGGCGCCAGCGCCGUGACGUCACCCAUUCAUCUGAGCCCUGACGCCUGUCAGCCUGGCGCCGCUCGGGCGGUCUCCAUGGAGACGUCAAACACCCGCUCCCCAUUCACCUGCACGUCGCAGCUGACGGCCAGGGGGAGGAGAGAGGGAGGGCUAGUGGGCAGAACAAUGGGAGCCAGCCCGCUGCAGUGGUGUGCCCUGCAUGGCACUUCCCUGGGCAGUGCUAUGGUCGUGGCUGAGAGUCACUUCCUGUGGGAACCACCAGUACAGACAGCCUGGAGCCUGGACACAUCGGCCUCAUGUUUGUGUGUGCACAGAGCAGCUACAGACCAGCUGCAGGUGAUCUGCACAGAGCCGUCCCCUCACUGCGGCCAGGGGACAUGGGAGCCAGAGCCCAAAGAUGCAGCGCGAACACUGUGGCAGCUGGGCCACUCACAAAGCCCCAUUCAGAUAGCCAAGGCCUGGGGACAAUGGCCGAGCGCUCUCCUCCACUCCUUCCACCCAAAGAUUAAUACUUCAGUUGGGCUUCCCGGUGGCAGGCAGGGCUCAAAGGAGAGAGAGCUGCUGUUUUUCUACUGCGCAUUGUAUGAGUCGCCUGAGAACGACCGUCUCUGGAUGGACCCUGACAAAUGA